AUGGAUCUAGUUGAAGAUCUCGAAUUCGAAAUUGUAACUCGUGAUUCGUCAUGUGACAGCAAACAGGCUGCCGGGUACACAGUCGAUAUGCACCUCAAAGAGCACGUUGACGUAAUCAUUGGACCACCAUGCUCCACAGCCUGUAUGAUAUCUGGACAGUUGGCAGCAUUUUGGAACAUUCCAAUCAUAUCAUGGGUAGCUACAUCACCAGCCUUCAAUGAUAAAAACAUCUACAGCACCCUCGGACGUUCACUCGGACCAUUCACUAAACUUGGGGUGUUUCUGAUGGAAAUAAUGGCUAGCUAUAAUUGGAAUCGUGCUGUCAUUGUAUACUCUACAUUUUUGUUGUACGGGGAUGCUGGUAAAGCAAUUGAGAAGACAUUCAAUGACAACAAUGUGACUCUACCGUACGUGGCAGUAUACAACAAUAAUCCUACACGGAAGAAAAUUCAGUCAAUACUCAACAAAAUAAAGAAAGAAGGGAGAAUUAUUGUAAUCUGCGUACCACAAGAAGAUCGUCGAAUGUUAUUACUGGAAGCCUAUGAUAUGGGGAUGACAAAAGGAGACUAUGUAUUCUACACUGUUGAGAUGUUACCAAGUGAUGACGUCAUCACGGCACAGGAAACCUACCUCGGAUUUGAUGGGAGAAACGAUGACGCAAGAGAAGCAUUUGAAUCAGUAUUUCACAUGUCGUUGGCAAGACUGACAGGAGCAGAUGUUGACAUGUUUACAAAGGAAGUUGCCAGACGUGCACAGGAUCCUCCAUGGGGGCUUACAUUACCAGCAGGUGUACAGGGCAAUAAAUAUUCAGCGUUUCUUUAUGACGCCAUUAUUCUUUAUGCACUGGCACUCAAUGAUUCUCUAUCCAAGGGAAAGGAUCAUACAAACGGAGUAGAUCUCCUUCAAUCAAUGUCAAAUAUGUUCUUUAAAGGUAUGACUGGAAUGGUCAUGACGGAUGCUUACGGUGACAGAGAACCAGAUUAUUGGAUUACUGAUUUACAGCCUAAUGGAGUUUUUGAGAAAAUAAGUGAAGUUGUUAAUUUAGAAGACGGUACCCGGGAAUUUCGACAAUUGAGAGAUCCUCGUUGGCCAGGUGGUAAAGUGGGACACCAGUACGCACCGCCUGAUGUACCUGUGUGUGGAUUUAAUGGAGAAUUCUGUAAGGAAGAUGAUAAUAGCUAUAUUUACAUUGUAGGGUUUAUUGCAGGCACCAUUGUCAUCGUCAUGGCAACGAUUUUAUUUGUCUGGCUGUACAGACGAAGUAAAUAUGAAUCAGAUUUAUUGAACAUGAGAUGGAAAAUUCAUUUGGAAGAUCUGCACUUCACUGGAGGCGGAUCACAGAAAAUGAAGUCAGGGAGUAUGGGUGGUGGCAGCAGUGGCAGUCAUACAAGUUUGAUAAGUGGUGGUGGUGAUUCGUUGUCGAAGCAUUCCUCUAAUUAUUCUUAUAGUACCGAUGGGAAGAGUUCAGCGCCGUCUAAUCGUACACUAAAAUACUUUUCCAACACAGCGACCUAUAGGGGUGUAGUAGUUGCUUUGAAGAAAAUCAACAAAGAGCACAUGCAAAUAGACCGCAGGGUUCUCAUCGAAUUGAAUGAUGUACGACAACUCAAUCAUGAAAACCUGAACCCAUUUGUCGGUGCAUGUCUAGAAAGCAACACUAUCUUCCUAGGAUGGCAGUACUGUGAAAGAGGAAGUCUUGUGGGCAUGGAAUAUCUUCACAAGAAUAGACAUGGAUGUGGUUCUCAUGGCAACCUGAAAUCGUCAAAUUGUUUGGUAGAUAAUCGCUGGGUUGUCAAGAUUACUGACUAUGGUUUGCAGAGUUUCUACUCAGGACAAAUGAAAGCUGAGAAUGUUGAUGAUAAUGACAAGUUUUUAAGUAAACUCUGGACAGCUCCGGAAAUCCUACGUAUGAAUUUUCCCCCAGCGUGUGGGACACAAAAGGGAGACGUCUACAGUUUUGCUGUGAUAAUAUUUGAGAUUUUGGAACGAACUGGACCUUAUUGUUUCGACAAUAUUACACCUCGAGAUGUUGUGAGUCGUAUUCGUAAUGGUGAAAGUAUUCCAUAUCGACCAACGAUACUGCUAUUUAAUCCCGAUAAUUGCGAAUAUGGAUACAACAUUAUUAAUUUGAUGAUGAAAUGUUGGUCUGAAAAUGUAGAUAGUAGGCCAUCGUUUUCUAGUAUUAGACUCGAUAUAAAAAACAUGGGCAACGGAAAAGAAAUCAGUAUCAUGGAUAAUAUACUAAAUAUGAUGGAGAAAUAUGCCAACAACCUUGAAGAAAUCGUUGAACAAAGAACUGGUCAAGUUUUGGAGGAAAAACUGAAAACAGACCAGCUACUUUAUAGAAUGUUACCAAUAACGGUGGCAGAAGCUUUGAAACUUGGUAAAACUGUUCCUCCCGAAGACUACGAAUCGUGUACAAUAUACUUUUCAGACAUUGUCGGAUUUGUUGAAUUGACUGCAGAAAGUUCUCCAAUGCAGGUUGUCAAUUUUCUGAAUGAUUUAUAUGGUUGUUUGGAUGAGAUUAUAGGAAACCAUGACGUGUAUAAGGUUGAGACCAUUGGUGAUGCUUAUAUGAUCGUAUCAGGUCUUCCACAACGAAAUGGUAACCGCCAUUUAGCAGAAAUAGCUAAUUGCGCUCUGGAUAUCCUCAGUUUCACUACCUCUUUUAAAAUACGUCAUCGCCCAAAUCAGAAACUGCAGUUGCGCAUUGGUUUACAUACGGGGCCUGUAGUAGCCGGUGUUGUUGGGUUGGUUAUGCCUCGAUAUUGUUUGUUCGGAGACACAGUGAAUAUGACGUCGCGAAUGGAAUCGACAGGAAAAUCAUGUCAUAUCCAUGUCAGUAAACAACUAUAUACAUCAUUGAAAGACCUUGAUGAAGGAUACAAUAUGGUACCACGUGGAGAAGUUAAAGUUAAGGGUAAAGGACUAUUGACAACAUAUUUCUUAUACGGAAAAGAUGGAUAUGCAAAGCCUUUGCCUAAACUGUCAAAUGAACAAAUGUCAAGUGGAAAGUUUAUAGGUGAACGGAUGACUUCCGCUGAUGUCGGUGGAGACUAUGAAAGACCUCUGUAA